AAUCUGAGUUUGGUCCGUUGCGACACCUGAAUUAGAAGAACAUCACAAUGGCGAACAACACUAUACUCCGAGGGCUCUGCCCAGCUCCGUUCUUCGAUCUCGCAGCCUUUGGCGCAGAUGGCGGAUGUGAGUGCAUUCUUCGAGCGCAAAGCGAGUCAAGGAACUAAUCACUCGAUAGUCGUCGAUGGGCGAUUUUGCGCACCUGCACCCCAAAUUCAUCCGGGCCUCUAUUGCUGUGUACCAUGUCCUAUCACCGACUAUCUCUACCCCGAAAGCUUCGUAACAUGGUACCGAAUUGCAGAGGGACUCAGCAUUGGUGGCGUCGUGUCCUGUUUAUUCCUUCUAAUAUCAUUUAUCGCUCUUCCCUUAGAGAAGACUCGUCGGCAUUACCUAAGUUACUGUAUGGUCGUAGGUAUAUUGUUUGUCGGCCUGGGAUUCGUCGUCCCACUCGCAGUGAGACCACCGCAAUGCUACGACGAAGUCACGCCCAAUGACAUGUAUUCGAACUUGACCUGUGCAUUUUCGGGUGCUUUCAUUAUAGCGGGCGGCUUAUCAAUGACGGUCUGGAUCUUCGUUCGCGUUCUCUCUAUGCAUCUUCAGAUUGUCUGGGACGUCCUGCCCGGGAAAAAGUUCAUGUACGCUGCCCAGGGCCUGGGCUGGGGAAUCAUUGCCACCCUCUUCACCGUGACCAUCACUUUGACUGGCGUCUCAUUUCGCUUUGGAGACAUCUGCCAUGUGAAUGCACAGGAUUCAGUGAAGCUCUUUUGGGGCCCGCUCUUGGGGAUUGGGUGUGCGUCCACGGCGAUACAGCUGGCCACAUUCGCCUAUUGCAUCAAAGUUUACGUGAAAAACAUGUGGAGCGAUGACGCUACGGAGACCCAGAGCUCUGGCGGCCUUCCUUCCUUUACCACCUCUAGCAUCCGAACAAAGUCCGCCAAAGCCGUCUACCGACGAGUAAGAAAGGUAGUGUGGCUGCAGUGGCGCGGCAUGACCAUCGUUGCCUUUAUGCUGGUAGACGUUAUCUUCCUUUCCGUGGUAUUCAUCUAUCUCAAUCAGAUCGUGGGGAAUCUCAGCCACCAUAUGGAUUCCAUAUUACCCUGGACCGUCUGCCUGAUCUCCAAUCCUGACCACAGAGAAAAGUGUUUCUCCAUGGGACAGGCCCUAUUCAUGAACAUGCCAACAAUCAUCGCGGUAUUGGUGCUACUAUCGCUUGCUGGCCUUGAAUGUCUGCUACUCCUGGGUAGAGGUUCCAUCUACACAGCAUGGUGGGAUAUGGUCCGAUCCAAAUUUGGAUCCAAGCGAGAAUUCGUUUCGCUCGACGCAAAGCGCUUCUCCUCCGAUGCGCGUGCCUACGAACUUCUCAAGAUUGGGAAUACACCCCAAAUCAAAUCACCCGAAACCGCAGUCACCAGCCCCAUGUCAGGACGCGACAUUGAUCGCGAUGCGACUGGUACCCCGGAUUACUUCGGCAAAGAGGUACAGCGGGAGUACCGCAGUCCGACUCUCAGUUUCUCUACUCCUCGCGCUCCGUCUCAGGCCACGUUGCGUGUUGAAUGGGAUCCGCGCAACACGCACGCAAGGGGCGGACUUGGCUAUCACCCUCCUGUCACGGAGGACGAGAUUGAACGCCCAGGGAUGACGAACAAGAUGUGAACACGAGUCUCAGAUAGAGAAACUCCAAAUUCUUCGUUUCACUCUGCGACUUGGGAUUAGUGAGCAGACACUCAUCAGUCCCACCCUCCGCUUUACAACCAAGCAAGGAACAACACUCAAGGACGGCACAGAGAGCGAUUGGCAGUAUCGCAUGCCCUCUGCAGCCCACGAAAGAUACCCGGGGUACGAACGCCACCUUCUUUAUGUCUACACUAUCAGCACCGGCGCUUUGGAGAUUUUGGGCCGGUUGGGAAAAAGCCGUUUUACUUCUUCAUGUCGGACUAGGGGGUAACGGAACGAUCAUAGCGACGGAGUUAAUGACAGGUGGGCUUCUGGUAGAUUUCUAACG